AUGGAUGAAAAUUGUAAUACAAAUGAGAUAAACAAUGAAUUGGAAAAUCGUUAUAUGCAAAGAUCGUUUGACCAUGAUACAUUACGAUUAAUUGGUACGGGUCAAUUUUCACAAAUUUACCUGGUUAAACAUAGAAACAAUGAUAAACAAUAUGCUAUUAAAAAGAUAGAAAUUUCUGAUAUAACUGGUUUCGACUCAACUAAUAUCAAACUGAUAUACAAUAGUAUUAAACGCGGUAUGAAAUUGUGGUCACAGAUGGACUCCGAGUGUUUCGUACGAUACAACUACUCGUGGCUAUCAUUAGAUGAUAAUAAAUACUAUAUGAAUAUACAAAUGGAUUUGUGUUGGUAUUCAUUGGAUGAGUCUAUCAAACAAAUGCACAGUUAUUUCAGGGAUACUAAACCGAAAACUGGUUGGCCAUCGGUUGGCUACUAUAUGGCUGGCGAACUGUUUAAAGAGAUAUUAGAGGCAAUCAAUUAUUUACAUAAACAUGAUAUUAUUCACCGGAGUAUUAAACCGACAAAUAUAUUGAUUAUUAAUCACAAUAAUCAUAAGUUUAUCAAAUUGGCUGACUUUGGUUACGCCACUGAACACGAAACCAGUUCACAGUCGCAUACAAUGCUUAAGAUUGACGAUAAAUAUAUGGCACCGGAAGUCAAACGUAGCAAAAAAUACGGCUUAAAAUCCGAUAUGUAUAGCAUCGGUGGUAUUGCACAGGACUUGUUUAAUAUAGAUAUCAAUAGCAAAUUCAAAAAUAACCUUGAUAAUGAUAGCAAACAAAUGUUGGACAUAUGUUUUGUACUAUUAAGUGGAUCAAGCAAUGAGAGACAUACAUGUGAUUAUCUGAUUGAAAAUAAUAAAUGGAUUAAAAAUUAUGAAUCAGUUAGCGAUACUGAUGAAAGCUAUGGACAAUUAUCACAACAAUUAGUUUAUAAGCCAGGUUAUUACCUGGAUUCAUUUACUCAAAUUGAUCAAAUUGGUAUUGGUGCUUUUGGUUAUGUUUAUAAAGUUUCGGAUAAAAUUCAAAAUAAAUUCUAUGCCAUCAAAAUCAUUAAACUAUCAGGUGCAGCUGAUAAAGCAAUUAGUUAUUUUAGUAAAGAAAUCAAACAUUUGAAACAAGUAUCGAAUUCAAUAUAUGCUGUCAAUUGUAUUGAUUCGUGGCUGGAAAAUAAUUUAUUAUAUAUCCAAAUGGAUCUAUGUGAUUUCAAUUUACGUACCCUGAUCGAUUUUAAACAACAAUUAUUACAAAUGGCCGAUGAUCAAUUAUAUGAAUUCAACGAAAUUGAUGAUGUUAAUUAUGAAAUAUCGUAUACAAUAUUCUAUGAACUGAUUGAAUGUGUAAACUAUUUGCAUCAACAAAAACCGCCUAUUAUACAUCGAGAUCUAAAACCGGCAAACAUAUUGAUAACCAUUGAGCCCCGUUCCGGUAGAUUUGUACGACUGGCCGAUUUUGGUUUGUCUAUAAAAUACGAAUCAAGUGACAUAAGCCAUACACAAAAUGUAGGAACAGCCAGAUAUAUGGCACCCGAAAUAAUGUUAAGCAGCCGCUAUAAUACUAGUGUAGAUAUCUAUUCGCUUGGUGAAUCACGUGAUGGUAUAUUUGUUAAACUGUGCGAUUUUGGACUAUCCACUUAUCUUGAUGAUUUUACAUCCAACCAAGUUGGAACACUAGUAUAUAUUUCACCUGAAAUACUAAGUAACAAUCAAUACGAUUGUUUGUCGGAUAUCUACAGUAUGGGUAUGACAAUGAGUAGACUAUUCGAUGAUAGUGAGUCUAAGUAA